AUUCACCACUUAGACUGAAUAUUUCAACAUUAUCACUUGGAUCUUCGCAAAAUGAUUAUUGUCAGAAUUUUAGGAGUCGUUUCUACUAUAUUUGCGUAUUUUUCGCUUAGUAAAGGAGAGCAGCAGCAAUGUUCCCGUUACCACUAUGAGGAACAAACACUGUCUAAAGUCUUGAGGCUUGAACACAAACUGGAACUUUUACAGGAUAUAGUCAAAAACACGAAAGGAAUUGAGUGCAAUGAACAUGGGCCACGUUGUCCAGACGGAUGGAUAUCUUUUCAGGGAUCUUGUUACCUAUUUCAACACACUCCAAAGGACUUUGUCAGGGCAGAGCUUCUUUGUGUGGAAUACAAAGCUCAGCUGGUCCGUAUUGAUAACGAAAUAGAGAACACUUUUCUGAAGGAUCACCUGAAAGAGUUAAAAGAUGCUCAUUACUAUAUUGGUUUGACUGAUGUUGAGACAGAGGGAACAUUCAAAUGGUAUGGUACUGACGACGUGGCUUCGUUCACAGAUUGGAAUGCUGGCCAACCCAAUAACCAUGCAGGAAUUCAAGACUGUGCUAUUUUUAAUUAUAAUAUGGGUUUAAAAUGGGAUGACACAAAUUGUUCGAGUAAACAUAAAUUAAUAUGCGAAAAGAAAGCAGACUAACAUAUACGCUCGCAGCUAUUUUCUUGAAAAAACAAUUUUUUCUUGCGUUGCUUUUGGAACCUGUGUUUAUAUAAUCCUGAAUUGUUUUAUGGUGACAACGACAAUAAACGUUUGCUGUCAACAUUAUAAUUGUGUUUAGAAAAUACUGAAUCCGUCAAUCUUCACAGCACGUGUUGACCAGGAGGAUUUCACUUAUGACUGUUUUCAAUGUUUUAAGUUUCCUAAGUUGUCAAAAUACAAAAUGCUGUGACAAACCAAAAAAUAUUAUUAUUUAUGAACAUGUUAGUUAUUGAAAUUUUCUACAUAUAUAAAUGUUUGCUGAUUAUGAAAAAUGUCAAAUUUAGUUUCUGUCUGUCUGUCUGUCUGUCUCUCUCUCUCUCUCUAUCUAUCUACGUUAAUGUCAAACUCCUCACGGGGACAUUGACAUUUGGACGGAUUGUUAUCUUAUACAUUAUAAAGUAAUGACUUUAAAAAUCUUUUACCUGUUCUGUUUUGACAAUAUUCUUGUCUGUAUAUUAAAAUUGAUCAAGCCAAACCUAUUUAUUACUGAAACAUGUUUCAAAGCCAUCUUUGAUUUUAAGGGUGACUAGGGAAAGUGUUUUUCGCAAUUUUGAAAAGCUAAAACGACUUUUUAAAGGACUUCACAUGAAUCACUCGCAUGAUUUUCACGAAUCUUGGUCUCUAGAAAUCUUGAAUUGAAGCUUCUUAGCUUGGUCUCUUUUAGAAGCACCAGUGCUUAAAUGCAAAAACGAACCUUUGAACAAAUACUCGGUUUCACUUUGUAGAUCUUCACCAAACUGAACUGUAACAUUUUAUGGUUUGUAGCAUCCAUGUUCAAAUCGUUACGGUUGAUCACCUUUAGGGGCUGUCAGAGCUGAAAAUAAACCUUUAAAUGACGUCUUCUUAUUAAGCACUAAAUGAAUCUUCAUAGUAUUUUAUAGUGCAAAGCAUCCUUGUAUUGUCUUCUUUCAAGUUUGUUCAAAAGGUUUUGCUUGACACAUUUAUCGGCUGCCGACGUCCAAAUUAGAAAAAUUCUAAGAUUCUUAAAUACACAACUGAUAGGUUUCUUCUAGUUGACAGAAAUUUCUUUUUUUUUCUCUCAUUUGUCGACUUCGACGAUGUAAUAAAGGGUAACCAAUAACAUUAUAGCUCACAAAGUUCGUUUAAAUUACUCACUACUACAGCAGAUUUGUCAAGAACUAGAAGGUAAGAAUGAAAAUGGUUUAGCUCCAUUUUUAGAUGAAAACUGCACACUUCUACGUCUAGAAAUACAAGUUGACAUAUUUUUGUACGAAAUGCCUUCUUUUAGAACUUUUAAAUCUUUUAAAAUGUGUAAAAAUAAUGACAGGUAUCGCUGCUCAUUUUGAAGGAAACAGUAACUGUUGGUUAGAAAUCUAGCUAAAAUAAGGACUUUUUGGACCUUUAGAAUUAGACAACACUAUUUGGCCGAAAACAGCUAGAUGUGCCUUUAAAUAACUUAUUGUCAUGAAUCACUUAAUGGUGUUUAGCAUACAUGGAUGAAUAAUAUCUGGGCCUAAGAUAUGGUCAAGCUCGGAGAUCUGUAAUGAAAUAAUCAACAGAGAUUACUUCCAUUGUUACAUAAUGAGAUAAUUGCAUAUUUUUUCCAAUGAUUACAAUACAAGGUGUACGUUUGCAUUUAGUGUCUCUGCUCUUUAAACUCGCCCAAAACCAACAUGCAUACAUGACUUAGGUAAUAGUUUUGUAUUAGUUACACGGUAUGGACAUGAGUUUUGUUUUAUAUAUGUUCCAAGAAUAAAAACGGACAAAACUGG